GUAUCGUCCCCGGCCUCUGAUUGGUCCGCGGAGCGAGGGCGUGGCCUCCGGAGCCCCGUUCCGCGAACCAGAGCCCGCUCGCCGCAUUGCGAGCCGGACCGGGAGCGGGCAUCAUGGUGCUGCUGCACGUGCUCUUCGAGCAUGCGGUCGGUUACGCGCUGCUGGCGCUGAAGGAAGUGGAGGAGAUCAGCCUUCUACUGCCGCAGGUAGAGGAGAGCGUGCUCAACCUGGGCAAGUUCCACAACAUUGUUCGUCUCGUGGCAUUUUAUCCCUUUGCCUCGUCCCAGGUUGCCUUGGAAAAUGCCAACGCUGUGUCUGAAGGUGUUGUUCAUGAGGACCUCCGCCUGCUCUUGGAGACUCACCUGCCAUCCAAAAAGAAGAAAGUACUCUUGGGAGUUGGGGACCCCAAGAUUGGUGCUGCUAUACAAGAGGAGUUAGGGUACAAUUGCCAGACUGGAGGCGUGAUAGCUGAGAUCCUCCGAGGAGUUCGUCUGCACUUCCACAACCUGGUUAAGGGUCUGACUGAUCUGUCUGCUUGUAAAGCCCAACUUGGGCUGGGACACAGCUAUUCUCGUGCCAAAGUUAAGUUUAAUGUGAACCGGGUAGACAAUAUGAUUAUCCAGUCCAUUAGCCUCCUGGACCAGCUGGAUAAGGACAUCAAUACUUUCUCCAUGCGUGUCAGGGAGUGGUAUGGGUAUCACUUUCCGGAACUGGUGAAGAUCAUCAAUGACAAUGCGACAUACUGCCGCCUUGCUCAGUUCAUUGGAAACCGGAGGGAGCUGAAUGAAGAAAAGCUGGAGGAGCUGGAAGAGCUGACAAUGGAUGGUGCCAAGGCUAAGGCUAUUCUGGAUGCGUCAAGGUCCUCCAUGGGCAUGGAUAUAUCAGCCAUCGAUUUGAUAAACAUCGAGAGUUUCUCCAGUCGUGUGGUAUCAUUGUCAGAGUACCGCCAGAGUCUACACACUUACCUGCGGUCCAAGAUGAGCCAAGUAGCCCCCAGCCUGUCAGCCCUAAUUGGGGAAGCGGUAGGUGCACGUCUGAUUGCUCAUGCUGGCAGCCUCACCAACCUGGCCAAGUACCCAGCGUCCACAGUGCAGAUCCUUGGGGCUGAAAAAGCACUGUUCAGAGCCCUGAAGACAAGGGGUAACACCCCAAAAUAUGGACUUAUUUUCCACUCCACCUUCAUUGGCCGAGCAGCUGCCAAGAACAAAGGCCGCAUCUCCCGAUACCUGGCAAACAAAUGCAGUAUUGCCUCCCGAAUUGAUUGCUUCUCUGAGGUUCCCACAAGUGUUUUUGGGGAGAAGCUUCGAGAACAAGUUGAGGAGCGGCUAUCCUUUUAUGAGACUGGAGAGAUUCCACGAAAGAAUUUGGACGUUAUGAAGGAGGCAAUGGUUCAGGCAGAGGAAGUGGCUGCUGACAUAACUAGGAAACUGGAGAAACAGGAGAAGAAACGGUUGAAGAAAGAAAAGAAACGGCUGGCUGCAAUUGCCCUUGCAUCUCCGGAAAACAGCAGUAGCACUCCAGAGGAGUGUGAGGAGACAAGUGAAAGACCAAAAAAGAAGAAAAAGCAAAAGCCCCAGGAGGCUCCCCAGGAGAAUGGAAUGGAAGAGGACCCAUCUGUCUGUCUCUCCAAACCCAAGAAAAAGAAAUCUCUUUCCAAGGAGGAGCUGGUUAGUUGUGAUCUUGAAGAGACAGCUGGCAAUGGAAUUCUUCCCAAGAGGAAGAAAUCUCUCCCCAAAGAACCAGGUACUGACCCUGAAGAGGCAGGAAAUAAGAAUGUCCCCAAGAAAAAGAGGAAGUUCUCUUCUAAGGAAGAGGCACUCAGCAGUGGACCUGAAGAGGCCACUGGCAGCAAGAGCAUCUCAAAGAAAAAGAAAAAGUUGCAAAAAUGAUCCCAGGAAGCUUAGGCUGGACAUUUCCCUGGCUGGGCAUAGCCCAUGGUGACAUUUCCACCCCACCUCACCCCCUAUAUUACAAUAAAAACAAGUUCACAAGA